GCGGUUUAUUUUCGUCUAAUCAAAAUCUCUCAUAGAGUGAAAUCGGAAUCACAGAAAUGGCGUCGACGAAGCCAUUGAUCGUCGCAGCGAAGACGCUCCGAAACCGGAUCCACUUCCGAUCUGGAUCCACAUCUGCUGGUCCAAGCCGCUGGGCGACACCAGGUCACGAAGAACGACCCAAAGGAUAUUUCAUGAACCGGACUCCGCCGCCGCCGGGACAGUCGCGCAAGUGGGAAGAUUGGGAGCUUCCAUGUUACAUCACAAGCUUUCUCACGAUUGUUAUCCUCGGUGUGGGUCUCAAUGCCAAACCCGAUCUUUCAAUCGAGACCUGGGCUCACCAGAAAGCUCUCGAGCGCCUCGAAAUGGAGAAACUUGCGUCUGUUGGAGAUUCUUCCGAUUAAUCCAUGAUUUUGGGAUAGUGGCUAUGAUUCGAUGGAUGAUUCGGUAUGUCUGUGUGUGUUUUUUUCCCGGGGAUUUGGGAUUUGAGGAGAUUUUUCCCGUUUAUGAUGAUGAUCACGAAUACUAGUGACCUAGGGUUAAAUUUUGUUUCCCCUCUCCUCUUCCUUUUUCAUUGUUAGUGUUGAUAAAUAUGUUCAUGAAAUAAGUCAUCUUUAACUCUCUACGUAACUGAAUGCUAUGGUUAUGAUUAUAUCAUUUUUUCAGGGCAGUGA